GUUCAAGAAGCUGUAGACAAAUCUUCACAAACUCGUCUUAGUUUAAAUAUUAUUGCACAAGCACCAGUAAUUUAUAUGCCACAACAUUCAUUGUCAACUAUUUCUUUAAUGAUUGAUUUUGGGCGUAUUACAUUAUCAAAUCAUUUCGAAUUUAUUAAUUCGUCAAAAUUAUUGCCUAAUAUAAAAAUUCCUAUACCUGAACCUGGAAUUAUGCUUGAGCAUACAGUGGUGAAAUUGGAAAAUUUACGUUUAUCAAGGGUAAUACUAGAAGAAAGUUCUGUUAAAUCUGAGAAACGUGUUCUCCUUCCAAUUAAUGUCGAAUUAAAAAUGCGUCGUAAUCUCAAUCCAAAUAUUUAUUCUGCUAUACCUAUCCUGUCGGUUAGUGGUGGAUUAAAUGAAAUUUCUAUUUCAUGUUCUCAAGGUGAUUAUCGUUCUAUUCAAGAAGUAAUUUUUGAUAAUUUCAAUGACUUACCAUCAUCGUCAUUAUCAUCAUCCACCGGAACAACAUCAAUCCAAAUUGGUGAUACUUCUGUUAUAUCGACUGAUAAAAAACAACCGACAACACAACCAAAAGUUGACGAGAAAAAAAAUGCACAAAAUAUUGAUGAUGAUGAUGAUGACAAAAGUCCAGUCAAAAUUGCUGUCAGUUUUGAUUUGGAAAUGAAAAAUGUCAUUCUUAAUUUGUAUGCAUGUGAUCAACCUGUA